AUGUACAUUGCUUAUGGAAUUGAUAGAGCCAAUAGUUACCUUGAACAAGAGACUAAAAAGAAUAAUAAAAGUAUACAACUGGAUGAGCAAUUGGCUAUGAAUAAUUUUGUGGAACGCAUGCAUCAGAAAUCCAGUGACUUACUUGAUGAGGUUACAGAAUUGCCAGGACAGAGAUCAAGGAAUUUUCAGGCCAUCAUUCCUAAGCCAGAUGAUGAGACAAUUUACUGUACUACUGAAAAACCCAACAUUAUGGAAGUUAGGAAUAGUGAUUUGCAUUGUGAAUGUAUGAAUUCUUGUCAAGUUACUUCAGACUUAAAUAAAGAGAAAACAAUAGCAUCUCUUCUCAAAGAACUGGACAUUCUCAAAGCCAAAAAUAAAAAGCUUCAAGAAAAACUGACUCAAGAAGAUAAGGAACAGAGAAAACUAAAGCUUAAACUAGAACUCCAAGAGAAAGUGACAGAAGCUAAAAUUGCUGAAAAGACUACAGCUCUGAUUGAAGAAGUAUAUUGUGCCCAGAAGGAACGUGAUGAAGCUGUUUUGUCUAGACUACGAUUAGCCAAUGAAGAGAGAGAUGAAGCAAUUGCACGAGCCAGGAAUAUGGAAAUGUCAUUAAAAGUGCUAGAAAAUAUUAACCCUGAAGAAAAUGACAUGACAUUACAGGAAUUACUGAACAGAAUAAACAACGCAGACACAGGGAUAGCGAUUCAGGAGAAUGGAGCUGUAAUUGUGGAUAGAAUCUACAAAACCAAGGAAUGUAAGAAGAGAAUAACUGCCGAAGAAAUGAAUGCAGUGCUAGAGGAACGGGAUGCAGCUUUGUCUCAGUGCAAACGGCUGGAGAAGGAGCUUCAUCAUCUGAAAGAGCAGAACCAGACUUCAGCAAACAACAUGAGACAUCUGACUGCUGAAAACAAUCAGGAACGUGCUCUGAAGGCAAAGUUAUUAUCUAUGCAGGAAGCCAGAGAAAUUGCAGUUCAACAGUACAAAACACUGGAAGAGGAAAUUCAGACACUUCGAGUUUACUACAGUUUACACAAAUCAUUAUCCCAAGAAGAAAAUCUGAAGGAUCAGUUUAACCAUACCCUUAGAACCUAUGAAGAAGCUUUGAAAAACAGAGAGAACGUCAUUUCCAUCACUCAACAACAAAAUGAGGAGCUGGCUACCCAACUACAGCAAGUUCUGACAGAACGAGCAAACACAGAAUUACAGCUUCAGCAUGCCAUAGAGGCCUCCCAAGUGGCCAGUGAAAAAGUUCAGAAGUUGGAAAGGCUGGUGGACGUCCUGAGGAAGAAAGUUGGAACAGGGACCAUUCGGACUGUGAUCUGACUGAAAAAACGACUGUCUGGGGAAGCAAUCACAUGUGGUGACCAGGCUGCUUCAUUCAACACUGUGUAAACACUAAAGCCUUAACUUAGCAAACAGUUGUUAGAAGUGGGACACUCCAACCACAUUCCAAGCUGAGAUAAAAUCAAAUCACAAAUGUUUAACCACUUUGCUGCUGACUUAUUUAUCCGAAUGUAUUAACUACAGUCUUUCAACAACGGGUAGCUAUAAAGUUGCAGCUUAUUUUGUAGCUGUUUUAUAUCUCAAUAUAGUUUCAUAAUUCUUAUUCUUGGGAGAUCAUUAUGGAGAAACAUGGUUAAGUUGGUCAUGAUCUUGUCUUACAUAUGGCACUUGUGUAAUCAAAAUGCAGCAAAGUAAAUUUUAAUCUAAAGCUUAAUCAACACUGUGUUAGUCAAAAUUUCAAAUAUAUGCAUAUUUUAAUAUAGAACAUAUUUCUUAACCAAUGGUAGUGGCUCAGAUACAGGCACGUGUAACUUUCCUUCAACACAUGUGUAUGAUCUUUGUUGGUAUUAAAGAAUAUUAACUAGAUGAAUAGAUGAUAAAAAUUAAAUGUAUCAUUUACUUUAAUAAGAAUCUGGUACAUUAAAAUUUAAUUCCUAAAGGAAUGAAUUUUGUUUCACUAGAACUUAUGCUGGCAGUGUUGAAUAAAAAGAAGAGAUUUUUAAUAUG